AUGUCAGAAAUUGAUUUGACCACAAGCAGGUUAAAUCAUUUCUUGCAUUCAGGAGCAAAUAAGAUUGUUGAUACUGUUAACUCAACAGUUUUUGAUGCUUGGUCUCAAAUAAAUGAAUUUUGCCAAAGUUAUGAAUCAAUCUAUACAACUUUUGCGAUUUCAAACUAUCUAGAAGUAAGAAAAUACGCACAAGAUGAUUCCACGAACAAAUUCAUUUCAGAAAGGAACGAAUUAUUAAAAAAAGGAAUAAUUUCAUUACAAGACCAUUUAAAAUACGGAAAUUUAAGUCUUUUAGCAGGAGAUUUCUUUCAAGCAUUAUUAGCAUAUAGUAGUUGUUUACAGUAUUCAGCAGAAUUGUCAAAUUUCCAGAAAUAUUUAAUAUUUAUUUGCCUAACUCACUACAACAUGUUUGAAACAGCACUAGAACUGAUAGAAAAUAAUUUGCAGUAA